CUCCGUUCAAACUAUUAACUACCUCGUUGUGUCGCCUCUCUUCUCCCUAUCCAUCCAUAUAAACUUACCCAGGUACCAACACUUUCGGCACGGCGUUUGGCCGUGCGUCUUUCUUUGUGCAGGAGCCCCAACUCUCCGUCACCAGCUGUUCACUUCUGGUCACAUUGCUUUUUCCUAAAUUCAAUAACCGUUUCUGCGUCCUGCCCAUCCAACUAUCUCUUCCCUUUACCUCUCCUCUCUUGUCCUAUCCUAUCCCAGUUGUCCCCCCUAUAUUCUUCAUCUUUCACGGCUUCCGACUGUACGACACUCAACGGGUUGUCAUCCAACGCUGCUCCACCAUUGGCCCAAUCUUACUUUCUUGACUGGACCAUCCAUCCUAUUAGCCCGUCUAAUGAGACAGUAAUCAUCGGGUUGGCAUCAAGCGUUUCACACCCACAGAGACCAUGUCACGCUCUCGUCUGCCACCGACCCCUGCCAUGUCGGGCGAGUUCAUAGUCAAAGACAAUGCAUCGGUGGAUGCGUCGGAUCCAUUUGCACUGCCUCCAGCGGCCAUUAGUCCAUCCAAGAUGCAAGCUGCUAGCAGGAGACCAUCCAAAACUGAACCAUCCGCUUCCUUCCCAGCAUCUCCAGCAUCGCCGGAUCUCGCACUGGGUAUCAUGGCGAAUUCCCCGCGUCAGACUGGUGUCAAGAGACCUCUCGAAGACUUUAACCUUCCACCGCCCCCCACACGCACUCGCAAAAUCAUUCAGAUGAAGCCCAAGACCCAAAGCCCACCAAAGCCGACCGCACCAGCCAGCAAAGCCUCUUCAAAAGAUAAUGGCAAAACACCAGCAAACAAUGGAGCCUCAGCCAACUCCAAGAAGAAACAACCCAGCGCAACUAGUGCAGCGGGCCGAAAAAUUGCUAGGAAAACAGCUCACAGCCUGAUCGAACGGCGGCGGAGAUCUAAAAUGAAUGAAGAAUUUGGAACUCUGAAAGACAUGAUCCCGGCGUGCAAAGGACAGGACAUGCAUAAGCUCGCCAUUUUACAGGCAAGCAUUGAUUACGUCAAUUACCUAGAACAAUGUAUACUCGAUCUGAAAACUGCCGGUAAUCGACACGCAAUGGCCUCGCCGCGAAUGCCUCCCGCUCCUCCUUCCCCAACAUCUCCGGAGGCUCUAGCAGAAGAAUCGGGCCUGUCCUCGGCUUCCGUGUCUCCGGAACUAACUCCAACUGAUGCUGCGGCGGAUGCAAUCUCCCCGGCGUUCUCUCCCCGAAGUGGUGGUCCUAUCGGGACGGCGCCCGAUUUUGCGUCCUCCAUCACGCCAAGCCCGGCACUGGGUCCAACCCACCCAUCCGACAAUCCGUCGCGUUCUGAGCGUAGCUCAUGGGCUGUGUCUUCUUCCAGCACCUCCCCAGUAAUGCAAUCUCGGUAUUCCAUCGCAUCUUCUGCCGAUGUGGACCACGAAGCAUCCGCUGCCCUACUAAUGCUGAACCGGGACUGCCGGGGCUCUGUCGGCUCGGUCCACGACGUGCCCACCAAUUCCCUCACCCGGCAUGGGAAUCCCCACACCCAGGACCCACAAAGGAAGAUCGGGAUGAGCGUUAAAGACUUGCUUAUUUCCUAAGGGUCCUGGUGGCCGGCUUGGCGCUCUCUAUCUUCCUUUUGGAGUCCUUUUAUGAUGUACCAGGUGUAAGUCACGGGGAUAAAUUGGCGUGCGGGAUAUUGAUAUCAUGAACUAGUAAUGAAGGGUUCGGACGGCGCUUGCUUUUUGCUUUUCAUGGUUAUGCUUAGCAGUUCAGGUUGUUCUUUUCAGGUAUGUGGGCUGGUCCAAUGCGAGUUAACGGUUAGUUACGUUUCGAGCGCGGCUUUUGGUUAUGAAAGAUGCCAUUUGGGCUCGUCCGAUAAUGUUUCAAGGGCGGAUUGUUUGCAAGUUUGUCAUGUCAGAUAGAAUCUAGAAGAGCUUCUGGGUCACAAAAUACAUGAAUAAUCUUACCAGAAGAACCCGCGGCGAGGCUACGCAACUGAGCCCAUACUAACAUUCCAACCCACAUUACUCACUCGGGCCCAUGAAAACACCUUCACGAAUACAAAUAAGGCAACAUCACAACGCCAAACACCACCCCAUCCCUCCUCAUACGGUCGUCCCAAUAAGGUUUAACAUACUUCCCCAUGACAGUCCUUCUGCUUACUAUACUUACAGCACCUGUCCACAACGACACUUAAAGCCCCGCCCAGCCAAGCACGAGCCAAGCAACAACG